AUGAGGACCGCAAUGGCGAUGGCAAUGGCAAUGGCAAUGGCAAUGGUGAUGGGUGACGUGACGUGUGUUCUUGACAUAAAGGGGCCCUCGAUCACCACCACAGCAGAGAUGUUCGGGUGUCUAUGGAAAGGGGGGGGGGGGACGAAAAGGGGAGACACAUUUAGGGGAGAUGACCCUCCGGGGAUGAGAGGGAGGGAACGCCGUGGGCGGCUGUGUAGGUGUGUGCAGAAGGGAGGACACCCGGACAACCCAGACAUCCCUUUCCUCUGUCAUCAAACUCCGAAGGUAAGCAUCAGCGACGUUGGCCACUCAGGGUUGGUCAUCGAUCGAGUUGAGAAUUUAUUAACACGAAUAAAUCACAGUCAUUCACUGACAGUAAAUACCUCUGUAUAUGUAUAUAUAUCAUUUAUUCCGCAAUUAAAGCAAUCCUUCUUUUUUUGUAAAAUAAUAUCCGUGGCUUCUAGAGUUCCUGAAGGCAUAAUAGACAGAUACCACAACCCGUCUUUUACUACCAACCAAGAAAAAGGAAGUAAGCAUAAGAUGUCCGUUUUGACUUCUAAGGAGAGAAGUAUUGCUUAUCAAUCUGAUCAAGAACAUUUCGAUCAAUUCUACGACCGUUACCUAGCACAAAUUAAUAGACAACAACAAGUUUCACAAGAGAAAAAGAGCAAGGAAAAUAAACAAAAUGUCUUUUCUACUCAAUUACGAACAAAUAAAGAGAAUAAAAAACCAAACAAACAGUUUGUUUCUCAAUUCAGGCAUAACUUGAUUGAUAACGAAUUUUAUGAAAAUCAUUUAAACUAUAUGAGAUCACAAAGACAUCAAUCCACUACAAAAAAUCAAUUACAAAAUAAAGAAAAAAUUACACCAAAUUUCUUAAUUGAAAAUGACUCUAAACAACAUCGUAUAUUACAAGAUAUUAUCACAAGAGAAACUAAUUUCAAUCAUUUGAAAAAUUUACAAAAAAUUAUAUCUCAAUCAGAAUUAGAAUCACAAGAUUUAACACCAACUAUGCAAAAAAUUAAGGAUUCCAAAAUAUACCCUAAAGUGUAUUAUAAGAAUUUCAAUAUGACAAAACAUCCUCCAAACAUUAAUCAACAAUUGUCACAAAAUCAAAAAAUAUACCCACCUUUUAAUCCACAAUUGAAUCCUAUUGCAACCACAACUAACCCUGAAAUCUUAAUCAAAUUAAAUGAUGACAAAACAAUCAUUACAAAGCAAACAUAUGAUAAAUUGUUAGAAUUGAAUCAAGAUCAUGCAAAUUGGAUGAUAAAUAACAAUGGUGAAUCUUCAAAUUUGUAUAAUACUAAAUUUAAAACUUAUCAAGAAAAAUUAAACAAGCUAAAUGAACAAAUAAAUCAUCAUAAUUUAAUCAUUUCCAUGAUUAAGAAGGAUACCUUGAAAAAUAAAGAAUUAAAUGACGCAAUCUUAACAAAUAAACGAUUCCAAUUAUUUAGUCUAUUAAAUCAUGAAAAAUAUGUGUUGAAUAAUAAUAAAUUGGCUCUAUGUGAUCAAUUGGAUAAUACUGAAUUAUUACAAAGACAUAUUAAGGAUCCAAAGGAUUCCUUACAACAGAAAUUGAAAGAUAACGAUAGAAAGAGGAAAGCUACACAAUUGAAGAAUAAAAGGGAAUCUGUUUGUGAUUCUUCCACUUCCUCAAUUUGUUCCUCUCAUCAGAAGGAUAACAAGGAUUCUUUGAAUGAAAGAGUCAAAGAAAAGGAUAAGAAUACACAGAUAAAUGCAACAAAAUUGAAAAACAGAGAGGCUACCGUUUGUAAUUCUUCUUCGUCUUCUGUAUGUUCAUCUUACCAAAAGAAACAAGGGAAUUUGGGUUCUACCACUGCAGAUCAACGUCAUGAAAUGGAAGUUAAUGACUCUGAACUCGAACCCGAACCUGUGGUGAGGACAAUUGAAAAAAACGAAAGAUUAUUUGAAGUUAAAACAAAUGAACAAGAAGAUAUGGAAAAUAAUGAUAAUGAUAAUGAUGAUGAUGAUGAUGAUGAUUUAUAUGAAUAUGAAACCAAGGAAGAAAUUGUAUACGUUUAA